UCUUGAGAAGAUGGCCUUUCUAAUGAAAAGUAUGUUGAGCAACCAGGUAAAGAAUUUGGGACUUGGAGGUGGAGGGGAAGAAAGCAAAGAAGAAAGCACUCCUUCUGAUCCAGCAGCAGCUGCAGGAAUGACCAGAGAGGAGUAUGAGGAAUAUCAAAAGCAAAUGGUUGAGGAGAAGAUGGAAAGGGAUGCAGCAUUUGCACAGAAAAAAGCAGAGCGAGCCUGUCUGAGGGUUCAUCUGAGAGAAAAGUACAGACUCCCUAAGAGUGAAUUGGAUGAGAAUCAAAUACAGAUGGCUGGAGAUGAUGUGGGUUUGCCAGAAGACCUUCAGAAGAUGGUGGCAGAAGAUCAGGUGGAAGAAGAGGACAAGGACUCUAUCCUGGGACAGCUGCAGAACAUCCAGAAUAUGGACAUGGACGCGAUCAAAGAAAAGGCACAAGCCACCUUCACCGAAAUGAAACAGGCUGCUGAGCAGAAAUGUUCUGUGAUGUAGAAGAGACGCCACUAUCCCAGGGCUGUGCAUUCAGUCUUGUCUCACAGGGGCUGCAGAGUGAGGGCAGGCAGAGGGGUGCACUUAGCUCUAUAGCAUUAAAUGUAAAUAUAGAACAGCGAGAGAGAGAGAGACUUUAAAACCCCGAGGGGGGGUGCGUCAGAAUUUACGUGCUGUGACUGCUUAGCGUGACGUUAGAACUGAUCCUUCUUUUUUAACACAACAUUUUUCCCCGUGGAAAAAAUGGCUUUAAAAAGAUAAUAUUGGGGAAAAAAUGUGCCUUUUUCCAUUUUUUUCAAAGUGAUCAAAAUGCUAUUAAAUGUGUGUUUUUAGCAAAAUUGUGCUUCUGAUGCAUAACAUAUAGGUAACCACUCACUCAAUGCUGCUUUCAGAAAUAAAUACAUAUAUUUCUAAUAAAA